GUAGAAAAUUGACAGGCAAACAUAAUUAAAUUUGAAAAGUUUUAUAUAAAUGUAAUUUUAAAUUAAUAAAAAAGGUGUGGAUAUGGAUUCCGUUGUGUUAUAGGAGGAAAACACAAAAGAUGAACGAGUUGAGCGGACAAUUAUUAGGGACAAGUCUAAUGUGAGGAGUCUUAGUGAAAAAGUUUCGUGCAAAACUUUCGCUUAAGCAAGGAACCAUUCAAAUAUGUGUUGGAUAGCAUAAGUAGUGAGCUAAAAACUCCACGCAGGUCUACAGAAAUACCCGAAAUUGUGAAAUUAGCGGCAACUUUAAAAUAUUUGGCGCAGGGAGGGUAUCAACAGUAAUUUGGACCAUACAGGACUAGCUCAACAAACAGCGUGUGUGUGUUUGAAGUUUGUAAAAACACAUAAGUUUUGCAAUGUCUUCAGAGGAGAAAAAUGAAGCGAAACGAGCUUUUUACUCAAUGUCUGGAAUUCCAGGAGUAAUUGGAGUGGUGGAUAGUACUCACAUGCAAAUGAUACGACCGGCAGUGAAUGAGCAUUUAUAUUUCAAUAGGAAAUUAAAGCAUAGUAUAAACGCUAUGGUGAUGAUAAUAAAAGCCGUUAACGGUCGGUUUGCUGGGGCGUGUCAUAAUUCACAUGUUUGGAAUUUGUCAAGCGAGCGCCAAUAUUUACAAAGCAACUAUGUGAAUGGAGAAAUAAGAAUUCGCAUUCAUGGCGACUCUGGAUAUCCGCUUGAGAGAUGGCUUUUAACUCUAUACAGAAAUGCUGCUGAAAACUCUGCUGAAAGUUACUACAACGUCAAAUUUUCAAAAGCCAGAUCCCUUAUCGAACGAGUAUUUAGAGUAUUAAGAGCGCGGUUCCGAUGCCUUUUAGCUGCUAGAGAACUACAAUAUGCCUUAGAAAAAGUGGUGCAAAUUUUGAACCAAUAGAAGUUGGAGAAGUCGAUGCUAGUUAUACUGAAACCAGAGAUAAAGAGAUGUCCAACUCCUCUCUCACUGG